AUGUACGACGAUUACGACCAUAGACCUCGCGAUGAGCGCGACUACUAUAGACGUAGAUCACCCGCUCCAAGGGACCACCACUAUCGUUCGCGGCAUGGAAAAGAAUCCUCUAGGUCCCCUAGAAGGACACCUCCAAGGACCUCUCGAGGAGAGGAUCCUUACCGUUCCCGAAGACACAUCUCACCCUACCGACGGGAUCCUUCCCCUGAAUACCACCACGCCCACUCCGAUCGCACCAUAAAAGCUGCUGGCGAUCCCCAUGAUCGCGAAUCCGACUACUCACCUCCGUAUGAUCGUACCGCUCGCUCUCCUGGCCGUGCUCGAGCUCGACACUACGCGGAUCACGACGAUCCUCGAGGACGUUAUAACCGAAGUCCACGCCGCGCCAACUCAGGUGUCUCCUCGCCAUUCGACUCAGCCGAUGAUGGGUAUUACCACGAUUCUAGUCGCCGGUCAAGACUUGGACGGCCUUACCAUACUUUGAAGCUAGAUGAUAUACCUGAUAGGAUGAGCACACAAGAGAUCGAUGCGAUUAUGCGGGACAUGGGAGCUGUUGGCCUCGUCGAAGUCCGUAUCAAAUCGGAUGACAGGGGUGGUACUCGCCGAUGGUAUGCUUUUGCUGAGUUCCGAUCCGAGGAUGAUGCCGUCGAUUUCCUCGAGAAACACUACCCCGCCCUCGACCUCGCCGUCGGGAAUAGCUCGUUUGUCCGUAUACCUAUAGAAUAUAGUCGGGAACGCCGCUACGUGGCGAACCCAGAUGAUUGGAAGUGUGCCAUGUGUCAUUUCGAGAACUUUUCUCGCCGAGCAACUUGUAAGCAGUGCAAAGCACCGAGAUCCUCCGAGAAUACUGCGGAUAUAAGAUUAGACGGUAAAAGCGACGAAUGUCCACAACAAACACCGUCCCAAUUUCUCGUGAUCCGCGAUCUGGCAUCUUCUGUCACCGAGUCCGUCCUAGCUGCCGAGAUCAAGAAACUCUACGUAACUAAAGAAGACGAGCCAAAACAGUCCACCAGCGCCCCAAACAAACUUAAGAGUACAGCUCCGAUUGGUAACACUACUGGACUCGGAGCCAAACCUAGCUCGUUGGUGCGCGUCUUCAUGAUUCGUGACAAGUUGUCGGAUAUCAGUUGCAACUAUGGCUUUGCUGAAUUCUCGACUUUGGACGAUGCUCGAGCUGCUAUGGCAAAAUAUAACGCCUCACCACAGUUUACCAUCGCCGCAAAACCUGCUGCUUUGGCGUUUAUUCACUCUGGCGUUUUCAUACCUUGUCCACAUCCUGUCCAAGACGAGGAUAGUAGGUUUACAUUCUCAGCGACUCAUAAUCAAUCUCUAAGGCUGGUCUACUGGAACCCGUCGGUCUACGCUAGCGAACUCACGGUUUUCAACGAAAGCCUAUAUGAAGAUAAGCCAUCCAAUGAAGAACAGCUAAAAAAUGAUAUCGACCAGCCUACAGCGAGGGAUUCCAAAAAACGCAAGGCGGAAAAGGACCUUGCGGCGCCUAGUGGGAAGAAGGUUAUUGCAAUGGCCCCCCAACUGCAGAUGUGGGCGAAUAAGCAUGCUGAACUUCAUGGGCCGAAGGAAUCAAGCAAUGGCAGGAGUAUUGCCGAUAAGAAGGCACCCUUGACUGGAUCUAACGCCAUAGGUUCGACGAACACAGACACUCCGGUACCGAAACCAACGCCAGCCCACACAGCAUCGUACGCUGACCUUGAUCGGGUGUGCUGCCUUUUGUGUAGACGGAAGUUUAAAAACGAGCCCUCGCUCCGGCGACACGAGCAGCUUAGCGAUAUGCACAAAGCCAAUCUUAAAGAUGGAACUCUCAUCGUGAAAGCAACCAAGGACCUAAGGGCCCUUGGCAAGGAACCUAUCUCGAACUACCGGGAUCGAGCCAAGGAACGUCGAAUAGCGCACAACCAGCCCAGCAAACCGAAGCCUCACCUACCCAGAAAACAGUCUCAACCAGCCAAGAAUCCCGAGCCGGCCACAGAAGUGGCGCCAACGAAACCCGCAAUAUCAAAGGGCGCUGGUUUAUUGGCCAAAAUGGGGUGGAGUACCGGUGAAGGCCUCGGGGCUGAAAGCGGUGGGAGGACCGACAUCAUUGAAACGAUGGCAUAUACUCCCGGGGUUGGUCUCGGGGCAGAAGGUGGUAAGAUUGGUGACGCCGCUGAAGAGGCUGCUCGGGCCACGAAGAAUGAUUACUCCGACUUUGUUUCGAAGGCAAAGGACAAAGCUAGGGAACGAUACGAACGGAUGGACUAGUAAGGUUUCAUCCUCCCACGUUUCCAUAAAGAGGGCUCAGUCUCGGGGCCCUUGGAUGUGUAUGAUAUCAAUACCGAUGUAUGGUGGAUAGGUUUUAGAUAGGGCACAUGAAUUUCUCAUCCGCAUUAAGGAUUAUUAUGCUUAACUGGGGCUGGGUUAAUUAAUAGUGUAUAUCCAAGUUUAUCAUGGUCGAAUUAAAUAGCCCCUAUGAAUAGGUCAGUGCCGUGAACGGAAGAAAAAAGAGGCCUAGAUUGCCAGUGGCGUAUACCUUGGAUAACUAGGUAGGUAGUAUUUUAUAUCUAAGACAAUACU